GCUGGGAGGGUCUCAGAAAAUGGGGCCGGAGCCCGGAAGGAGCAGGCAGGUGAGGGUUAGGGAGGAGAUGCUGUGGGUUAGAAUUAGAAUGAAAGCUAGGCUUUACCACCUCUGAGCUUGGGGCCUGGGGAAGAGGGGCAGUUGUUCAUAGCCAGAAGAGGAGGCUGUAGAAUCCCUUGGGGGUCUUGACCACCCCUGUAAAGGAGGCUACUUUGAGAGAGUGGUCAGGAGGCUUGAGGAGAGGAGGAAGGGCUCCCAGGGAAGGGUAUGGGCUAGAGUCCUUGGCAUUGGGGGAGUGGUAUUAGAUUCAGGGUAUGGAAAGAAAAGGCUUGGGAUUUCUAGUGGCAACCCUUAGGAGAAGGGGCAGCUGGAGGUGGGAUUCCUGGUAAAGAUUCAAUUCCCUUUGGGCUCUAAAAACAGACUUCCUGAGACUUCAGUCACCCUAAAAAAAUCCUGGCAACCCCCUCUGGGCGUUUAAAACCCCGGUUCAAAUUCUGUCCCUGCAGUUACCUUGCUCUGUGACCUUGGGCAAAUAGCUUUGCCUCUCUGGGCCUCAAUUUACUUUUCUGUAAAAUAUGGGGGCAGAGGAUGUUUCCUACUCUGGGUAUUUGUAAAAACUAAAAAAUAAUCAGCUGUAAAACAGCUAACAUUGAGACUGAUUGAUGGCUAGGGUUUGAUGUGUGGGACAAGCCUGGGUUGUUCUUUACCCACUGUACAGAUGAGGAAAUUAAGGCCGGGUGCUCCUAAGUCACACAGCGGGUGAAUGGAUGCAGAGGAGAAUGUGAGGGUGGGAUUCUUACCCCAUCCAUUCCCCCCACCAGGGCCAAUUCCCAUCCCCCCAGCAGCAUGGCUUCCUGUGCUGAGCCCUCUGCCUCGGGGCCUGAGCCCACUGCCCCACCGCCUGCUGGGGUCCCACCACUCGAGGACUUCGAGGUGCUGGAUGGGGUGGAAGAUGCAGAGGGCGAGGAGGAGGAGGAGGAGGAGGAAGACCUGAGUGAGCUGCCACCACUUGAAGACGUGGGGCGGCCUCCACUGGAGGAGGCCGAGCAGCCUGGGGCCCUGGCCCGAGAGUUCCUGGCCGCCAUGGAGCCUGAGCCCGAGCCCGCCCCAGCCCCGGAUGAGUGGCUGGACAUCCUGGGGAACGGGCUGUUACGGAAGAAGACGUUGGUCCCAGGCCCACCCGGCUCGAGCCGCCCAGCUAAAGGCCAGGUAGUCACUGUACAGCUGCAGACCUCGCUGGAGAACGGCACUCGGGUGCAGGAAGAGCCAGAGCUGGUGUUCACCCUGGGCGACUGUGACGUCAUCCAGGCCCUGGAUCUCAGCGUUCCACUCAUGGAUGUGGGGGAGACAGCUAUGGUCACUGCUGAUUCCAAGUACUGCUAUGGCCCCCAGGGCAGGAGCCCGUACAUCCCCCCACACGCGGCCCUGUGCCUGGAGGUGACCCUGAAGACUGCCGUAGAUGGGCCUGACCUGGAAAUGCUCACAGGGCAGGAGCGUGUGGCUCUGGCCAACCGGAAGCGGGAGUGUGGCAAUGCCCACUACCAGCGGGCCGACUUCGUGUUGGCUGCCAAUUCCUACGACCUCGCCAUCAAGGCCAUCACCUCUAGCGCCAAAGUGGACAUGACAUUCGAGGAGGAGGAGCAGCUCCUGCAGCUGAAGGUGAAAUGUCUGAACAACCUGGCAGCAUCACAGCUGAAGCUGGACCACUACCGAGCUGCACUGCGCUCCUGCAGCCUUGUGCUGGAGCAUCAGCCCGACAACAUCAAGGCUCUCUUCCGCAAGGGCAAGGUGCUGGCCCAGCAGGGGGAGUACAGUGAGGCCAUCCCCAUUCUGAGGGCAGCCCUGAAGCUGGAACCUUCCAACAAGACGAUCCAUGCAGAGCUUUCAAAACUGGUGAAGAAGCACGCGGCCCAGAGAAGCACAGAGACCGCCCUAUACCGGAAAAUGCUGGGGAACCCCAGCCGGCUGCCUGCCAAGUGUCCUGGCAAGGGUGCCUGGUCCAUCCCCUGGAAGUGGCUGUUUGGGGCGACUGCUGUUGCCCUGGGGGGCGUGGCUCUCUCCGUGGUCAUCGCUGCCAGGAACUGACCACCCAGGUGGCCACCACCCCCUUGCACACCACGGACCCCACCCCGCGCUCCCUAACUUCCCCAGGCUCCCUGUCCACUGCCCUGUCUGAUCCAGCCCCCUCCUCUGGGGCGGGAGCAGUGAGGUGUGGGGGCCACAUGGCCCCAGUGAGACAGGAGGGACUAUGGCCCUAUAGGAGGAAAGUGAGGCAGGGCCCGGGCUUCAAGUCCAGCCCAGAGGGAGGGGACCCUCAUUCCUCCAGACCCAAUUCCCAUCCCCACCCCCAUCCCCUUGGGUUAGGUCUCAACAGAGGCCAGCCUCAGUUUCUCCUUCCCAACAGGCCUGGGGGCAGCCCUUCCCCAACCCAGUCCCUGUCCAAGCGUCAAUCCCCACCCACACCGCCUGCUGCCCUCUGUCCAGGUUCUCCCUCCCACUCCUUCAGUGAAAUAAAGCCUCCUACCCCGCA